GAACACUCCAAAGAUCUCUGCCAGGUUGACCAUUAACCCUGUCGUUGAUUACAGUUCUUUCCCUUGACCUCAACAGCUCUUCAUGUCUCACAGUUCAUAGCACUCAGAUGCUUCUGGUAACUCCUGUGUCGAGCUGAAGAAGACCUAGACGAUUCCUUCCUUAUCGUUUUAAAGUUGUGCCAACCAUGGCGAAGAGUGGAUAUGGCUACUACCGAACUACUAUAUUCUUGUCCAUGUUUGUGGGCUACACGCUGUAUUACUUUAACAGGAAGACGUUUUCUUUCGUGAUGCCCUCCGUAAUGCAGGAGAUCACGCUGGAUAAGGAUGAUCUAGGUCUUAUCACUAGCAGUCAAUCACUGGCCUACGCCAUUAGCAAGUUCAUAAGCGGUGUGCUGUCCGAUCAGAUGAGCGCACGAUCUUUUUCUGUUGGGCUGUUUAUGGUUGGUGGCAUCAAUGUGGUUUUCUCACAGUCCUCGUCAGUGGCGGUGUUCUCAGGCCUUUGGUUUCUGAAUGGACUGGGUCAAGGUCUAGGAUGGCCACCAUGUGCGAAAGUACUUCGCAAGUGGUUUGAGCCAUCUCAGUUUGGGACUUGGUGGGCUGUGCUGUCCUGUAGUAUGAAUUUGGCUGGAGGUCUUGGGCCCGUAAUUGCCACACUGAUGGCCCAAAGCUACAGCUGGAGGUCCACACUGUCCAUCUCCGGCCUGACCUGCGUGAUCACGUCCAUCUUCUGUCUGCUCAUCAUUCGAAAUGAGCCCAGUGAAGUUGGCUUGCCAAAUAUUGAAGCUGGUGCAAAGAAAGGCAAAGGAGGCUCCAGCAAAAAUGAAAGCACUUUCAAGGAGUUCAUCCUUUCUCCAUAUCUGUGGGUGUUGUCAUUUGGGUACCUGGUGGUGUUUGGGGUGAAGACUGCUUACACUGACUGGGGGCAACUAUUCCUCAUUCAGGACAAGGGCCAGUCAGCGUUAAUGGGAAGUUCCUUUAUGAGUGCUCUGGAGAUUGGAGGACUGCUGGGUAGUUUAGCUGCAGGAUUUCUGUCAGACAGAGCCGUGGCAAAGCAUGGAUUGGGUCUGCAUGGUAAUCCUCGCCAUGGGCUCCUGCUCUCCAUGAUGGGUGGGAUGUGUGUUUCCAUGUACCUCUUCCGCACUACUGUCACAGCACACAGCUCAAACGUCUGGAUUCUUUUGUUGGGUGCUGUUUUUGGCUUUUCCUCCUAUGGACCGAUUGCCUUGUUUGGAGUUCUUGCGAAUGAAAGCGCUCCAUCGAACUACUGUGGAACCUCUCACGCCAUUGUGGCUCUGAUGGCAAACGUUGGUGGUUUCCUCUCAGGGUUGCCAUUUGGCACUAUUGCGAAGCACUACGGCUGGAACACAGCAUUCUGGGUAGCAGAGAUAACCUGUACAGUCACCACAGUAGGAUAUUUUCUGCUUAGGAAUAUCCGCACCAAGAUGGGAAGAGUACCCAAGAAGGCUGACUAAACAUUAGAGUAUUAUUUAAAUGUCUUUUAACUAGUUUUUAACAUAUGGUAUUAAGGGAACAAAAAAAAUAAAGGGUGUAACUUGUCUAGGAUUUUACUUUCGUGUUUCUGAAAUAUAAAUGAAAUUGACUGUGGAUAUCCUGUGGAUAUCUAUUCAAAGAAUUCCCAAAAUAUUACACUAUUUUAGCGAUGUAUGAAAUGGGAUACCAUGUUGUGUCACUUUCUGCACGUUAUUUAUUCUGUACAUUUUACAAACAGAUGACAGUAUUUUGCAUUGUUCUGAAACUGAAUACAUUGCAGAAUUGUAUAAUUUGGUUAAGGCAUGUUAAAGCCAUUGCUUCAGUGCUAUUAAUAUUUUAUUGCUAUUAAAUCAGUUAAAAUAAAUAAAUUUACUUAUUGUACCUUU